UGUUGGUAGGUUGUGUUUGGAUUCCUUUUUGGCUAUCAUGUUCGUUUCACCGGGGACGUUUUUCAUUUUGGUUUCCCACGCUCUUGAGAAAAAGUCGGUAUCCAGUUGGUUGGUAGGUUCGUGAAAAAAACCAAGAAAAUGGAUGCGCUUUUUGACGAGGUAGAGUCUCUGGAGGCGAUUUUAAUGGAGGAUGUAACCGUUCAAAGAGACGGGGAAGGUGUUCCAAAUUUGAUUGAAACAACAGUUUUUCCAGUGGUUGGUGAUGAUUCCGAUCAGCAAUAUGUCUGCGUUACCUUACAAGUUCUGCCUACUCCUGGUUAUCCUGAUGUAAGUCCCGAAUACAAACUCAUGCGACCCCGAGGGUUAGACGAUCUGCGUUUAAAAGAAAUUAAAGCUGCCAUAGAAAGCAAACUUAAGGAGUCCGUAGGUUUUCCUGUAGUAUUCGAUUUGAUCGAAGUUGUGAGGGAGCACUUGACUGGAAGCAACCUUCCAAGUGGUCAAUGCGUUAUUUGUCUCUAUGGAUUUUGUGAUGGCGACGAGUUUACACGAACCGAGUGUUUCCACUAUUUGCACAGUUAUUGCUUGGGUCGACAUUUAAACGCACUGCGGCGCAACUAUCAAGAGGAAUAUAACAAGCUUCCUGCUUGGCAACAAAAAACUGCCAAGCCCUUCCAAGCGCAUUGUCCAGUAUGUCGAGAAAAUAUAACUGAUGAGAGUGACAGUCUGCGGUGCGCUAUGCCUCCGGCUGAAUUGGAAAAUGCUCCUGACUUCGAACCUUCUGCUGAACUGAGGGAGCUACAACAACGAAUGUCUUCAUUGUUCUUGCAUCAGAAAAGUCGCGGUGCAAUUAUUGAUUCAGAGGCUGAAGGUGGCGCUGUAAUAUCUAUAGAAACUGAGGAGGAUAUACGCCGUCGUUUGCAACGCAAGCAAGAAGAGGCAGCAAAUGCCGAAAGCUCCGAAAGUAGUUGCAGCAACCUUAACGUUGAGCUUGGUGGAGGUUGUGGUAGUAGUAGCGGUUCGGCUACACCGGAAACAGCGUCAUUGGCAGAGCAACAACAGAAGGAAUCCAAUGGAACUAAUAUUAAAACCAACUUUGCCCCUGUUGUUCAGCAAACUCAACGAGAUGAUCCUACCAAUAAUAAUUAUCAUCAUGGACGGAGGCAUUUUAGAGGUGGCAGGCGUCAUCAUAAUCACCACCAUCACCAUCAUCAAUCGCAACGGGAUCGCGAACGCUUCGAACACAAUCACAUUCCAUCAACGUCAUCAUCGGCAGCUGCUGGUAAUUCAUCUAGUCAUUCCAGUGCUUCUCAAGUGGCACAGCCACAUCAAAAGCAGGGAAAGGGACACGCAGCCGGACACGGCCAUUCCAGGUGACGAUGGCCUCUCUACAAAUACAUUCAACGCAACGCUAAGGCUUUCAUCAAGAUGUUGCUCUUGCAACUACCUUCUUCAGUCCUAUUGCCAUUACAACUUUGCUAAUAUAGUACAUAGAACAAAAAUUUAAUAGUUUUGUUGUUGAAAUGACAAUACUUUUGUUAUUCUAUUUUUAGUUAGCUUUUACAUCAAUAAUGUAUUUAUUUUAUUAUAGUUUUCGUUAGUAAUUAUUUUAGGACAACGUUGCACGAAUAGAUGAAUUUUACUCAAUCGAAUGCCUAUUUUAAAGGUAAUAUGCAUCCAAAAUGCCGUUGCAACCAACAUGAAGUGUUUAUUUUUAGUUAAAAAUAUUUAACAAUAUUUUGUAAAGUUUUAUAUGCCGAAGCUUGUAAUGAGUAAUUUGUAUUCGUUAAUAGACAAAACGACUGAAAAUUGACCGAAGGUAGACACCAUAUGAGUGGCAACUUCAUGUAAUAGCCUCUUCGAAUUCGCCCUAAAGAAAUGAUAUUAACAUUAAAUGUGAACAAGUUGAAGGAGCAUAUUAUAAUUAUACUUACUUAAUAUGUCAGUAGAAUGUGGCAAACUGUCACAAGCACAAACUAUUUAAAGACAUCCUUUUGAAUAAUAACCAAUCAAUUUUGAAUUAAAAGUCCAUAACAAGAAGACAUUUCGAUAUUCCCUUAUACGCAAAAAUUAUGAUGAAUGUAGAUGUUUGAAUUACGUGUCAAAACUAAAAUAUUUAAAUAAAAUCAAAAUACGUGCAUCUUA